UAGUGCCUGAGAUGAUUGGAAGCAUCAUCGGAGUUUACAAUGGGAAGAUCUUCAACCAGAUUGAAAUCAAGCCUGAAAUGAUAAAUCAUUAUCCGGCUGAAUUCUCCAUCUCGUAUAAGGCAGUGAAGCAUGGAUGGCCUGGUAUUUGGUGCCACCCUCUCACCCAGAAAAGGGUGUCACCACCCGUUGAGAAGCCAGAGCAGGUUAAAAACCCACCUUCGAAACGUGAUAAUAGUGCCUGAGAUGAUUGGAAGCAUCAUCGGAGUUUACAAAGGGAAGAUCUUCAACCAGAUUGAAAUCAAACCUGAAAUGAUAAAUCAUUAUCUGGCUGAAUUAUCCAUCUCGUACAAGGCAGUGAAGCAUGGAUGGCCUGGUAUUUGGUGCCACCCUCUCAUCCAGGGCAAGGCGGAGAUGUAUGGGAUUGAAGUUCUGGACUCUGUGGCUCUGGGACUGAAUCCCGUGGCGCUCAUUAGAGGAAAUGCUGAGAUCAAGGGACCCUUCCCUAAAGUUUGACACUGAAACUCAAGAGGGUUUGGAUAAAUUCCAAAUGGUAGAGAGAACAACUAUCACCCGAUGACUCUUCCGAUUCUUGAUGGGCAAGUAAACGCCAAUUGUCAAACCAAAAACUCUUCCGAUUCUUGAUGCGGGCAAGUAAACACUAAUUGUCAAACCAAAAAUUGAUGUCGUUUUCAUUUUGUUUUUGCUGUAAAGAAUAUGCCAUUUUGUUCCAAAUCUGUAAAUUGAGGUAUUUGCACUUUUUCAAACCUUCUUCACUUGAUAGGAACUUUGUUGUGACGUGUUUUGUUUGUUUCGAUGUAAAAUAUUUUUUUAAUUUUUUUUUUUCAGGUAUAAUAUUUUAUUUAUUUUUGCUUUUUAAGUGUUUGACAAAAGUGUUGGUUAAGGUUCAAGUCGAGCCCAUCGGGCGGGACGUAUAUAACUUGUCUAAAAUUGAUGGGUAAGUUAUUUUUCUUAUAUUGUAAUUUUUUUUUUUUUUUUUUUUUUUUUUUUUUUUUUUCUCUCGUAAUAUGUUACGACAACCAAACAUCAGAAAAUAAAAAAAUAUUUUUUGAAAAAUAUUUUAUAUCCAAACAAACGGAGCCUGUGUUUUUACCUUCUCAAACCUUAAACUUAUUUACAAAAAAUUAUUAGUAAAACUAUAUUAUAUCCUUCUUAGCAUAUUACAUUAUUUUUAGUCACUAGAUUAUUUAAAAAACUAGAAAUAGCACUAUUUAAUAGACAAAAAAAAGCCCCCAUGGGCAUUAAUUGAUGUAGGGAUUCGGGAGGUAAGUUCUAGAGGUUUCGCUUUGGAAUUACAUUCUUGACUUGAAUGGCAGGAUCAAUACACGCUCUAAGAGGUAAGUCCUUAAAAUCUUGUUUUCGAAUCACAUUCCUAACUUGAAUAGUGCGUGUGUUAUGGGUUAAUACAUGCUCUAAAAAAAAAAAAAAAAAAGUAAAAUUGUAUUUGUGAUAAACAUAGUUAAAAUUGUUUUCAAUAGUUAUGAAACCGUUAAAAUCAAUUUGGUUUGUUGAGGUUUUUAUGAAAUUAGUAAACCCUAGAAUACCAUGGUGGAAAUGUUAGCUUGUGAGACAUGGCAUGACAUCGGAUGGCAUGUCAUUUGUAUGAUACACGAAUGCAUGCACAUACACUACAUACAUGCACAUUACAUGAAAAGUGCGCGCGCGCA